CGCUUUAAAAAAAGAAAAAAAAAAAAAAAAAAGAGAAAAGAAAGAAUCGAACGGUUAAACAAAGGGAAGAACAGACAAGGCUCCUUCCGUGGAAUUACACAGCCGACGGAAAUCCGGUGCAGCAUGCUGUCCUAUCCCUCGUUAUAAUAUUCCUCCUUUUAUUUUCUACCUUUAUUCCCUCCGUCGCUUCUGAGAGAAGUGGAACGAAGUUUGCUUCCGACCUUCAGGAUCGAUGAAGUUGGCCAAGAAGCUCCGGCCGCCGGUCGAGCCACGGAGCUUCGGGACGGGUUUGAUCGUCGGAUGCUUCCUGGUUUCCAUGACCUAUUUUAUGCUGUCGAGGAAGCAAAUCGUGAGUUGCUUGCCAUCGUUGCUGACUGAUGCGGAUCCGACGAGUUCUGCAGUUCAGAGCAGCGAAGAAUUUCAUUUUUCAGAUGGAGAGGAGGUAAUUGAGGCUGGUAAACCAAUGUGCGAUCGCUCCAGUUUCAGAGUCGAUAUCUGCGACAUGGAAGGCGACGUCAGAAUCGUCGGCAGCAAUUUGUCCUCUGUUACGCUCAUUGCUCCACCUGCCCCAGCCAGCGGCGGCGAUGGAGGAGAUUCAUCCUGGCAGAUGAAGCCGUACCCUCGCAAAUACGACUUCUCCGCCAUGGCCAAAGUCCGGCCGCUCAACUUCAGCUGGCGCCGAGAGGAAGAAGCCGCCCUCCGAUGUGCAGUCAACCACAGUGUCGUCGGCGUCCUCUUCUCCACCGGCGGGCACUGCGGGAACUGCUUCCACGACUACGCCGACGUGCUCAUCCCACUCUUCCAAACCGUCUCCCCGUUGAAGCGCCGCGUCCAGUUCAUCAUCUCCGACUACCAAGGUUGGUGGAUGCACAAGUAUCGCCCCUACCUCACCAACCUCUCCGACUACGACGUCAUCGAUUUCAAUUCCGACGACAGAGUGCACUGUUUCCGGCGGUUGAUAGUGGGCCUGAGAGCCGAGAGGGACUUAAUAAUCGAUCCGAGUCCUCCGAGCCACUGCUGCUCCAUCUCCCACUUCGUCGAACUAACGCGGACCGUCUACUCGCUGGGGCGUGACAGAGCAUGGCGGCGGGAGGCGUCGGCGGCGGCGGCGUCCGCGACUAGGCCGCGGCUCGUGUUCAUCGCGCGCGGCGGGACGAGGCGGUUCGUGAACAUGGAGGAGUUGAUGGCGGCGGCGGAGGACGUGGGUUUCGAGGCCGUGGCGUCGGAGCCGGACUUCUACGACGUGGCCCAGUUCGGGCGCGUGGUGAACUCGGCGGACGUGAUGGUGGGCGUGCACGGAGCCGGCCUGACCAACUUCCUCUUCCUCCCCGCCGGCGCCGUGUUGAUCCAGGUGGUGCCGCUGGGCAACCUGGAAUGGAUUUCGCAGCAUUUCUACGCGGAGCCCGCCAUGGCCAGGAAUCUGUGGUACUUGCAGUACAACAUAACGCAGGAGGAGAGCACGCUGAUGGAUUUGUAUCCCAGAGAUCACGAGGUGUUCAAGGAUCCCGACGCCAUUCACAAGCAGGGCUGGUUUAAGUUGGGGGACAUCUACCUCAAGCAGCAGAACGUGAGGCUCGAUGUGCAGAGAUUUAGGCCUACGCUGGAGAAGGCCAUGGACCUUCUCUAUCAAAGGAAUUUACACUAGAGCACUCUGUUUUCUUCAUUAACUAUGUUGAAAAUCAAUUAAAAGUUUUA